CUCUUUGUUGGACUACCUGGUCUCAAACUCAAGGACUCAAGUGAUUCUCCCAUCUCAGCUUCCCAAGUCUCUUGAGACAUGCCAUCAUGCCUGGCUGGUUCUGGACCUCUUUGGGUCAAGUAAUCCUUUGAAAAUCUGUUGAAAGCUGGUGACUCAUUCAUCCUUCAGUGUAAGGAAAAAAAUAAUAAAACAAACCACACAUGCUUGCAACAUAUUGACUAGGGGAUUUACAGUAGAGUUCUCCUGAAAUUUUUUUUCUGGGAAUUUAUUAAAUCGUCAUGGUAUGUAUUUCCCAAGUGGGUGACUGAAAGUCAGUGUCCAAUGGGCACCAUGAAUGAUCUGAAGUUCCAAACCCUUCUGCGCCUAUUUUAAACACGAGGUAGUUUCACCCAGAUUCAUUCCAACAGAAUACAAACCAGUAAACAUUGGAAUUCCCUACUCAUCCCUUGCCUUGAUUCUUGCUUAUCUCAAUGUAUCGCCUCCUGAUUUUCUAGCCAGAGGAGAAGAGAUCAAAGAGUCCAAGAGGCAUGAGAGAAGAGAAAGGGGCCACCUCUACUCCUGAGCUUGUGAAUUAGACACAUGCACAAAAGUGAAAAGAAUUUGUGUCUAAAGUCAGUGAGUGAACUAUAAUCUUCACUACAUCCACGGACUUUUGAGAAUCCGAAAGCUUUAUUGCUAUGCAAACCACAUUAACCUCUAUUCCUUCUGCCCACUUAGGGUAAAUGCACAUGGACCAGGUCUUGGAUUCUGACAGCAAAGGAGCCUGGGACCUGGGUGCUCCAACACAGAAGCUGUUUUCCUCUCAGAAAAAUGAGUCCCCAUUUUUUCUGAUCUGUCCCUGAUUUCUCUCACAGGCUUAGUAGUAGUUGCAGUAGUAGUUGUGGUAUAGGUGAAGAUCUGGUGCCCCUGUGAGACGACCAUUUAGAGUUACAGCUCUCUGGGUUUAGGAAAGGGAAAGAAAACAGGAGGGGUGGGAUUUUUUUUUUUUUUCUGGUGAGAUUCGUGGGCAAAAAAAAUGCUGUCUGUGUCCUUCCCUUCCACCAAGGUGUCUCUGUUGCUCCCUAAAUAAAACGUUCCACCGCUUUGGGUGAACGCUAUAAAAGCAGCAGGAAAACUGUCCCGGGGCAUUCGGGUCAGGCAGAACUCUGGAGCCCAAACAGGCCGGCGGUCCUCGGGUUCGCAGGCCAUGGCAGCCCGGGGCGGCAGGUCGGAGCCGCCGCAGCUCGCGGAGUACAGCUGCAGCUACGCGGUGUCGCGGCCGGUGUACAGCGAGCUCACCUUCCAGCAGCAGCGAGAGCGGCGCCUGCCCGAGCGCAGGACGCUGCGGGACAGCCUGGCGCGGAGCUGCAGUUGCUCAAGAAAGAGAGCCUUUGGUGUGCUGAAGGCUCUCCUGCCCAUUCUGGACUGGCUCCCAAAAUACCGGGUCAAGGAAUGGCUACUCAGUGACAUCAUCUCUGGAGUUAGCACUGGGCUAGUGGGUACCCUGCAAGGGAUGGCUUACGCUCUGCUAGCUGCUGUUCCUGUUCAAUAUGGUCUCUACUCCGCCUUUUUCCCUAUCCUGACAUAUUUUAUCUUUGGAACAUCAAGACACAUCUCAGUAGGCCCUUUCCCAGUGGUCAGUUUAAUGGUGGGGUCUGUUGUUCUGAGCAUGGCGCCGGAUGACCACUUUCUUGUGCCCAGUGGUAAUGGAAGUGCAUUGAACUCGACCGUGUUAGACACUGGAUCCAGAGAUGCGGCACGAGUGUUGCUUGCGAGCACCCUCACUCUUCUAGUUGGAAUCAUACAGCUGGUGUUUGGAGGUUUGCAGAUAGGAUUCAUUGUGAGGUAUUUGGCAGAUCCUUUGGUUGGCGGAUUCACAACCGCUGCUGCCUUCCAAGUGCUGGUCUCACAGCUAAAGAUCGUGCUCAAUGUCUCAACCAAAAACUACAAUGGCAUCCUCUCCAUUAUCUAUACACUAAUUGAGAUUUUUCAAAAUAUUGGUGACACCAAUAUUGCCGAUUUCAUCGCUGGGCUACUGACCAUCAUCAUCUGUAUGGCUGUUAAGGAAUUAAAUGAUCGAUUUAAACACAAAAUCCCAGUCCCUAUUCCUAUAGAAGUGAUCGUGACAAUAAUUGCCACUGCCAUUUCCUACGGGGCCAACUUGGAAAAGAAUUACAAUGCUGGCAUUGUUAAAUCCAUCCCAAGUGGGUUCUUGCCUCCUGUCCUGCCGUCUGUGGGCCAGUUUUCGGACAUGCUGGCUGCAUCCUUUUCCAUUGCUGUGGUGGCUUACGCUAUUGCAGUGUCUGUAGGAAAGGUCUACGCCACCAAACAUGACUAUAUCAUCGAUGGGAACCAGGAAUUCAUUGCCUUUGGGAUAAGCAACGUCUUCUCUGGAUUUUUCUCCUGUUUUGUGGCUACCACUGCUCUGUCUCGAACAGCUGUCCAGGAGAGCACUGGGGGAAAGACACAGGUUGCUGGCAUCAUCUCAGCUGUGAUUGUGAUGGUCGCCAUCAUUGCCUUGGGGAAGCUUCUGGAACCCUUGCAGAAGUCAGUCUUGGCGGCCGUCGUCAUUGCCAACCUGAAAGGGAUGUUUAUGCAGGUGUGUGACGUUCCUCGUCUGUGGAAGCAGAAUAAGACUGAUGCUGUUAUCUGGGUGUUUACAUGCAUAAUGUCCAUCAUUCUGGGGCUGGACCUGGGUUUGCUAGCUGGCCUUUUAUUUGGACUACUGACGGUGGUCCUGAGAGUUCAGUUCCCUUCAUGGAAUGGCCUUGGAAGUGUCCCCAGCACAGAUAUCUACAAAAGCAUCACACAUUACAAAAAUCUUGAAGAGCCUGAAGGGGUGAAGAUUCUGAGAUUUUCCAGUCCCAUUUUUUAUGGCAAUGUCGAUGGUUUUAAAAAAUGUGUCAAAUCAACAGUUGGAUUUGAUGCCAUUAGAGUGUAUAAUAAGAGGCUGAAAGCACUGAGAAGGAUACAGAAGCUCAUCAAAAAAGGACAACUCAGGGCAACAAAGAACGGGAUUAUAAGUGAUGUUGGUUCAUCAAAUAAUGCUUUUGAGCCUGAUGAAGAUAUUGAAGAGCCAGAGGAACUUGAUAUCCCAACCAAAGAAAUUGAGAUUCAAGUGGACUGGAACUCUGAACUACCGGUGAAAGUGAAUGUCCCCAAGGUUCCGAUCCACAGCCUGGUGCUGGAUUGUGGAGCUGUAUCCUUCCUGGAUGUGGUAGGAGUGAGAUCAUUGCGAAUGAUUGUCAAAGAAUUUCAGAGAAUUGAUGUGAAUGUGUACUUUGCUUUCCUUCAAGAUGAUGUGCUACAAAAGAUGGAGCAGUGUGGGUUCUUUGAUGACAACAUUAGAAAGGACAGAUUCUUUCUGACGGUUCAUGAUGCUAUACUCUAUCUGCAGAACCAGGUCAAAUCCAGGGAGGGCCAGGAUUCCCUGCUAGAGACGAUCACUCUCAUUCAAGAUUGUAAAGACCCUCUUGAACUGAUGGAAGCGGAGAUGAAUGAGGAAGAACUUGACGUUCAAGAUGAGGCCAUGCGUAGACUUGCUUCCUGAGAGAGGACUGCCAGACAGAAGCUGGCCACCAGCCCAUCCUCUGCAAGUGUUUCCUGCACUGAUGGUUUCUUUGCACUGCAACAGUCAUCCGCUUACUGAUACGUCGAAAUAUAUACAUCUGAAGCUUCUUAGACAUCACACAAGAAACAUUUGUCAUUUCUGUGUUUCAACGCAGAAACAAACAGCUUAGCUCUAAAAUAUCCAAAAACCAGGAGAAUUAUCCUUGAGAUUUAGCAGUGUCCGGAUGGGCUGCUGCUACUCGCUAUGUGCUGCUGAUGCCAAGGCAGGUUUGCUGUCUGUGGCCACAAGGGCUCCAUCUGCCUCUGUUAAGUUGACCCACCAGCCUCUAAGGGCAGGUGAGUUAGGAAGGACUAAUCCCAGGGCUUCCUGACCGACUCUGAAAUCCAUGUGUUGUGUUGAUCACAGUGAGAAAGGUAAAGUAGAAUUAUUAUGCACUCAUUAAUGAGCUUUAAAGAAAAUAAAACCAAUCUUUUAAAAAUGCU